AAUUUUAAAAUUUUAACCGUUUGUACGUCUGGUAUUUCCACGGUCUUAGAUCUCUGCUUCUCUGUCAUUCUCUUGAGAUUAUUAUUCACUUGCACUCUACUCUGCUUUUCUUUGCAUUCUCUUAGUGUCAACUACAAUGUAUUUAGUUUUUCAUUGUUUAAGUUGUUUAGUUUUUAAUGGGGUUUUUAAAUCUUUCACUAUUUUAUACAAUUUGAAGGGCAUUGAAAGGUUUUCUGUUCCAUGAUUUACUUACCAUUCUGAGUUUUGUUGUUUUGAAGUGGGUUUUCUCAUAGUUUUUACUCAUAAAGUGUAUUUUUUUGUGUUGGAACUGUCUAAAAAAUUUAGAUUAGGUCUUUUUUUUGUCUUUUCUUUUGAGUGAUAAGGAAAAAAAGGAAGAAAAUUUGGUUAGAUUGUUGCAUAAAAAGUUAUGAUUGUUUGAUUGUCUUGUUGUGAUGCAAAUGUGACAAGUUUCUGGUGAUUUUUAUAUCAGUUAUAGGUAGGUGUUGGCCUAUGCUGCUGCCAAAUGUUUCAAUUUUUGGUUUAUUUUGUACCAUUUUUUUAUCUUGCAUAAUAGUUUAUUAGGAGUUCUCUAGAUCCAAGGUGGAGUAGUGGGGGUUGUGCUUUUGAACUCACAAGAUUCUCAAGAUUCUUGUGGAGUAGUGAGGUCUUGGGGAUUCAAUUUGUGUGGAUAUCUUACCAAUAUUGGAGCUUUAGGAAGCUUUAUUAAAGAUUAGAGGUCCCAUAGGAAUCUAUUUUAGGUAGUGUUACUGUGUUAGGAUUGGAAAGGGAGAUAAUUUUUAGAGAUUUGAGUUCUCUCUUAGUGAAGAUGGGGCAUUCUGCAGCUAUCUGGGAUCACAAGGCAGCCUUUGAGAUUAUAAAGGACUGGAAUGGUAUUGACCAAGUGGUGCUUCGAAAUCCACAAGGUGCUUCUGCUAGGGUAAGCCUGCAUGGAGGACAAGUGGUUUCAUGGAGGAAUGAACAUGGGGAAGAGCUUCUAUUUACCAGUAGCAAGGCAAUCUUUAAACCACCAAAAGCAAUGAGGGGAGGGAUCCCUAUAUGUUUCCCUCAGUUUGGUAACUGCGGAUCACUUGAGCAACAUGGUUUUGCUAAGAACAAGAUAUGGAUCAUAGAUGAGAAUCCUCCUCCUUUACUUCCAAAUGACUCCCAUGGAAAAUCCUUUGUUGACCUACUGCUUAAAUCAUCCGAAGAAGAUUUGAAGUCUUGGCCCAAUAGUUUCGAGUUACGUCUUAGGGUGUCACUAGCAUCGACAGGAGACUUGGCAUUAAUAUCAAGAGUCAGGAACAUCAAUGGCAAGCCAUUCAGUUUCUCAUUUGCAUAUCACACAUAUCUAUCAGUAUCCGACAUAAGUGAAGUGAGGAUAGAAGGAUUGGAGACGCUGGAUUACCUAGACAAUCUUUGCCGUAGAGAAAGAUUUACAGAACAAGGAGAUGCCUUAACUUUUGAAUCAGAGGUGGACCGAAUUUAUCUGAGCUCUCCAAAUGCAAUUGCAGUACUUGACCAUGAAAAGAAACGGACAUUCGUGAUUCACAAGGAAGGAUUACCCGACGUUGUGGUCUGGAAUCCAUGGGAAAAGAGAUCGAAAGCCAUGAUGGAUUUUGGAGACGAGGAGUAUAAGCAAAUGCUGUGUGUUGAUGGAGCAGUAAUUGAGAAACCUGUCACAUUGAAGCCAGGGGAAGAAUGGACUGGUCGGUUAGAGCUGUCGGUGGUGCCUUCGAGUUUCUGCAGCGAACACUUGGAUCUUCAGAGACGAGGUUUCUGAACUAAAGUAAUCAUCAACACUUUUCAUGUUUCUUCAAGAUCCUUUUUCUUCUACGAUUUGGGUGUUUUACUAUAGCACAUUUAAUAGGUGUAAUGAAACAACUAAAUUUUGGUUCUUUCAUGUUGCUGUCCAAUUUCACUGUGACUGUCAACUGGUCUCA